AUUUUCGAGGUGAAAUACCCAAAAAGAAGUUUGUAAAAAGCCCAAUAUUUCAACAAAAACUCCAAAACCUAAGCGAAGCAAACGCCAGGUUAAUGUUGAAGCCAAUUUCAAGAUGGAAUUUCGCUCUGCCAGCUAUUUUCAGGCUGGGAAAAAGGGAGGAAGACCGGAAGUGUUCUCUUUCGAUUUUUGCGUCCGGGAGCCAAUACGUGACGAGCGGGGCACGUGCCGCCAAUCAGAAGCCGCAAAGAGCUCCGGCGGGAGCCGAGAGCCAAUCAGAAGGCACGCGCCGCAGCCCUCGUGCUCUUCAUGCCCGCGAUGAUAUACGAUAAAGGUGAACAGGAACGGACCGGAAGGAACUGACCCGAAAUAGAAAUUUUCCAUUUAACAAAAAUGGCCUUAAAAGCACUAAAUGCUUAUGAGUGAAGCUUUUAGGGCCAACCACAACAGCUAAUUAAAAUCGACGAUGUUUCUCUGAACUGAGCGGCUUACGCCGUUGCUUAAAAAUAAUUCAUGCUGCUCAUGAUCAAGUUCCUUCUGCCCACAGCAUCGCACCCCCAUAAACGCGCCCUAAGCGGGUCAAACGUUGCUAGAAAUGAGGAGAGUGAAAAAUGAUGAUCAAUUCCGAUCCUGUAGCCCAUCUGCCCUAAGAAGGGGCGGUCACGAGCGCCCUCGCACGCGCCUUUGGUGGCAAAAAGAGCCGCGUUCCUGAAGAACUUGCGGACCUUCAGUAACCGAACCGUGGCCACUUGAACUGGCAACAAUCCGGAGUUUGAGUACGGGAGUAGACGCACGUGCCACCCGAAAUCAAUCAUCAUUUGCAGCAGAUUAGUAACAAGGCGCCCGAAAAACGCUAGUUGAAGCUAAGGAUGAAAGACGACCUGUGAAGAAACUUUCAAGCUUCUUAAAAGACAAUGCCCCAUACUGGCCAAGCUGGAGUCAACCAACUAGGCGGAGUGUUUGUGAAUGGACGGCCGCUACCCGACUGUGUAAGACGAAGAAUAGUAGAAUUGGCCCUUUUAGGAGUCCGGCCCUGUGAUAUAUCCAGACAGCUGCUGGUAUCGCACGGGUGCGUUUCGAAAAUCUUAACUAGAUUCUACGAAACUGGAAGCAUCCGACCUGGGUCGAUUGGCGGGUCAAAAACAAAGCAAGUCGCCACCCCAACAGUAGUAAAGAAAAUCCUUCGCUUUAAGCAGGAAAAUCCUGGAAUGUUCGCCUGGGAAAUCCGGGAACAGCUGAUCUCCCAACGGGUUUGUGAGCCUCACAACAUCCCCUCAGUCAGCUCCGUAAACCGGAUUCUGAGGAACAGCGGAGUUUGGCCGGAUCAGGAUCUGAUGCCCGCCCAUUCCCGUCCGCCUCAUGGGCCUGAAAGUCUCAUCCGCUCGGAUUUUUACUCCAAGUCUUCAUCCUCCCUCAACGCGUCACUGCCAUACUUCUCGCCUGCCCACGAUAGUGGAUACCAUCAAAACAGCCGGCCCUUUUCCUUCCACCAUCAACUUCACGUGGUGACGAAUAUCGACCAACCGCCCACCAGCUCUUCAUGGUCUUCAUCCUUCAACAGUUUGGUCAUCCCUUAUCAGCAUUGCGCGGACUAUUCGCCGGACUCCAGCGACGACCCCAAAGAGUCCAGUUUACCUGAAAGGGGCGCUAAGGAAGAACAGAAGAGAAACCCCUACUCGAUAGAGGAAAUACUGAAGAAACCUAGCAGGCAAAUUAAGCCUCCUAGUCCGAUUAGUUGCGCGAAUUUCCAUCAACCAGUAGGGGCGAUAGUGACUAUGGAGAAUGCGGUUGUCGAGGACAGCAAUGAAAGCUCUGAGGACAAAGAGGAGAAAAUUGAUGUAGAGUAAAUUGCCUUUUUUGCGUCACUACUUGAACACCUCCGCAGAUUCUUCAAAGCUCUUCUCAUAUUUAUUGAAUGCAAAACUUUACGUAUUUCUUCCACUAUUUAUUUAAAUUAUUGCUUUCGCCCCGUUGUAAAUAUAGUCUUUAAGCAAACUGUGUUAUAGCAUAAUUUAGGACAAGCGAUACUUUUAUAUUCUACUCCCUAAAGGCGACUAAGUUUGCACUUUUAAGCAUAUGUAUCAAAACGUGUUACUUGCAAUUAUGCAAAAACACCUUUAAAUUAAAGCUGUGUUAAAAUUCAACUCGCUAGAGGAAAAGAAAGGUUCUAAAGGUUGCCGACAACUUUAUUGUGGAAUACAAAAGUGUACAAAGUAAAA